AUGUCACAGGAUUUCAUGGAUUGGGAUCGUUUUCGGGAAUGGAUUCAUUCUAUUUGUAUCGUUACCUUUGACCUUGAGCUAGGCCAAGCUUUGGAAAUUAUAUAUCCCGGUGAUGCUCUAUUAUCAAACACAGAGAAGACAAAUGUGUGCUAUUUGGCAUUUCCCGAUUCUAAUAGUGGGAACAGCGCUGAUACUCACUACCAUUUCAGGAUAAGAAGAAGUACUGGCCAUGUUACUUCAGCUCAAACAGCAUUGAUUGAUAACUUACCUCCUUCGACUGGAUUCGAUCCUCGCUACUUAUAUGGGUUUGUUCACUUCCGUCAACAAAAAGAUCCAACUAUUCCUCGAGGAUAUUAUCAAAAAAGUAUUGUACUCCUCACCGUACUACCCUUCUAUAAUCUGUUCCAAACUGUUGUAUCCCGAUUAGCUCCCAGUUUUUUUGACAAUGGUGAGCCUGUGGUGGAAGCAGCUUGCCACGAUAUUGAUUGCUGGCCUGCUCCCGUUUGUGGAGAAACGUAUUCGCUUCCGUUCUUAGGGUGUAUGAUUCAGUGUAGAAUUCCAGCUCUUACUGAUAUGCCAUAUGAUAGAUUAUUAUAUAAACAUGAGUUGGGUGAUACUUCACAGUCAAACAUCGUAAUACAUAGUGUUGAUCAAAUCAAUGUGUAUCAACCUCUGAGAAAUAUCAUCAAACAUCUACAUGUUCUCUGGGAGCUUAUAAUGAUUGGGGAGCCUUUGCUGAUAAUCGCUAACAAUCCUGCAAUCUGUUCUUCUACUGUGCAAGCAUUAGUUUCACUUAUUGCUCCUUUAAAAAAUAUAAAUGACUAUCGACCAUAUUUUACCAUUCAUGAUUCGGAAUUCAAGGAAUACUCAGCAAAAAAUAGAGCUCCACCGAAAGUAUUCCUUGGGGUAACCAAUCCUUUAUUCACCAAAGCACUUGAUCAUUGGCCUCACAUUCUUAAGAUAGCAGACGAGUCCGAAUCUGAAAGCGUGAAUGAGAAAAAUGAUAAAUCAAGGAAGACAUGGGAUCCUCGAACUUUGGAUUCUAAACCUGGGCUAUACACCCAGUAUAAACCUUUUUUGAACAAAGAUAAAUCAUUGGAGAAGAAAAUGAAAUCUGACAGACCUGAAGAAGUUCAAAGUGCGAUUUUGAGGCGGCACUUUUUGGAAUUAACCCAAAGUUUCAUGAUUCCCUUGGAGAGAUACAUAUCAACACUUAUGCCUCUGAGAAAAGAGAUGUCUCCAUUUCGACGCGUACCCAACCCGCGUCCUUUCCGAAUGGAAGACUUUUUAACAACGAUUGAUGAUUCAGGACCAAGUCUUACUUGUGGGAUGAAAGGUGAUUGGGAAGGGCUUUACCGUAGCUUCAUUGCUUCUUCAAUAUUCAUUGGAUGGUUAUCGAAUCGAACGAAAGAUGUGAAUGCUCAGUUGAAAGUGCACUAUGUUGAUGCUUUAUGUUCCGCAGACUUGGGCUCAACGAUUCUCUCUACAAAGCAUAAUGUAGAAGUAGUGGAACUAGUCAUGCGACUUAGAGAUUAUAUAGUUGAGUUUGAUCCUUCAAACCAGAAACGGCAGUUACUUGUGAAGCAAGUUGUUAGUGUGUUGGAUAGUGUGGAAGAUGAUCUGAAACAGCUCUUACUAUCGAACUGCGCAUUACGAGAAAUUUUAACCUAA